UGCCGCGUGUGCGGAGCACCAGAAGCCGAAGCUCAUUUUGGUGGGAUUUCUUGUAGAGCCUGCGCCGCAUUCUUCCGUCGUUACUUCCAUUCCAAAAAAUUGGAUGCUUCCUGUACUUGUCAAUUCAGAAUCCGAAAUAGUCAUCCGUGUAGAGAAUGUCGGAUUCUAAAGUGCCUGGAAGCGGGCAUGGAUCCGGAGAAAAUUCAAGGAAGACGGGACAAAAUUUCGGACAAAGAAACAACUUGUUCGUCGAUGGUAAUUUUUUUUAAAUUUCAUCACCGCCUACCUUUCCGAAGUACUUCAAAACUCCAUUCUGCAAUCUCAAACUGGCAAAAUUUCGAAUCAAUUCGUCUAGAAAAAUCUGGACGAAAAGAAGGAAUGAUGACAGUUUACGAAUUGAGCUGUAUUGUAAAAAUCGAUAUUGACUUAACAUGGAAAAUGGUGAUGAAGAUGUUUCCAGACAUGGAAAAGCUGAAAAUCCGGGAUAGGUCAUCUCUUCUGAAUAAUUUUAUUGUCAAGUUAUGGCAAUUGAUUCCAAUUUUGGACUUUUUGAAUAAUUCUGAAAAAUAUUUGAAUCUAAAAGAAGAGGAUAUUCAGCAAAUGGUAAUAUGGUUUUAUCAAGGAUGUUUUCCAGAGGACCAGCAAAUGUCAAUUACACUCUUGAGAAAAUUUGUGCCAUUUUGGACAUUCAACUACAAAAAAAUUAUACUUCCAAUAGCUGCUCUAGGCCUGGAAAAAACUGAAAUGAUGGCAAUUAUUUGGAUGAUUUUCGUAGAUUACGGUUUCACUAACAUAUCUUCGGAAUGCCAGGAAAUGUGCCGGAAUAUUAAAAAAAUGAUUCUGAGAGAGCUGAAAAAUUAUCAAAUCGACAGGAAUUUCGAUGAAAUGCGAUUCUUGGAUACUUUAGAAACGCUGGAAAUUAUUGAACGGGGAGAGAAGAAAUUCCUGGAAGAAAUGAUGAUCUGUGAAAUGCACAAUGUCAGAAUUCAUGAUGAUUUUAAGGCGAUUUUGAAAGAGAAUCGUUUAUAA